AUGUCUCCAGUGACAUUUUCUGCAGACAACCAGGGCCAUCCGCCGCGCGAUUCCCUAGAGCUUGCUUCUCUCGCUUCCACGUCCGACGCUGGCUCUGCCGGACGGUCCUCAUUCGAAUCCUCACAAUCAGGCAUCUCUUCCUCCCGCAAACUGUCACUAGAAGCGGACGACCCAUUGUCCGAACAAGCUGGUUUAGGAUCGAGUCGCACGCGACCGAAUCGCUCUUAUUCUGUCUCUUCCGCUUUUGACUUUGGGAGUAAUUUAUUCCCCCUUUCGCAAACCGCUGGCGGCUAUGCUCCUCUCGGCGCACCUUCUGUGACAUCGUUGGAACGGUAUGCGGGGCUUCGCGAUGCCUCUUUGGAAAAGCACAAGUCUUUGACCUAUUUGAAUGGUUUAUCGUUGAUUCAGGUUAAUUUUAAUGCUGGGUCGCCGGGGGCGGCUCUGAUCGUGUGGGCCGUGGCAGGUCUUUUGGCAUGGACGGGAGCUGCGAGCUAUGCAGAGCUGGGAGGCGCUAUACCAUUGAACGGUGGACCGCAGGUUUAUCUGUCCAAGAUUUUUGGCGAAAUUACGGGAUUUCUGUUCGCCUGGUGUGCGGUUUUUGUACUUAAACCAGGUUCAGCCGCCAUCAUCGCCAUCAUAUUCGGCGAAUAUGUCGUGAGAGCGUUUAUUGGAACUGAGGUGGAAACAAUCAGUCCAUGGAUCAAUAAAGGUGUUGGCCUGGCUGGGGUUUUGUUUGUGACCAUUCUCAAUUGCGCAUCGACGAAGCUUGCUACUCUUGUUGGGGAUCUAUCCAUGUUCUUCAAAUUCGGCGCACUGCUCGCAGUUACAAUAAUUGGAAUCAUAGUCGCCAUUACCGGGCUGUCAUCGAAGGGGCAGGCUAAUCAAGAUUGGAAGAAUACGGGUUGGUUCGAAGGGACAAGCACGGAUAUCUCUGACUGGGCUGUCGCGUUAUAUGCAGGGCUCUGGGCGUUUGACGGAUGGGAUAAUACAAACUACGUGACCGGCGAGUUCAAGAACCCGAACCGUGACUUACCACGUGCGAUACAUACAGCAAUGCCUGUGGUCAUUAUUUGCUACCUCAUGGCUAAUGUUUCGUACUUUUUUGUUCUUCCACAAGCGACGAUAGCAAAGAGUAAUACAGUGGCCGUUCAAUUCGGAGCCAAAGUGUUUGGUCCAGUUGGCGCACUCAUUCUGGCUCUGGUUGUAUCCGGAAGCUGUCUAGGCGCUCUCAACGCGACAUGCUUUACAAGUGGCCGUCUAGUGUACGCUGCAGGUAAAGAAGGCUACCUCCCAGCGGUUUUUGGGAAGAUCGGGUUUGGCAGAUCAAACAACACUAUGGGAGGAAGCCGAUUGCAGCGUCGGUCUUGGUUCCACAAGGCAUUCUCAUGGCUAUGUGGAGGCAGUGCAGCCAUAGGAUACACCCCAGUCAAUGCAAUGCUCUUCAAUGCUGCAAUCACUGCAGUAUACGUUGCGGUUGGAGAAUUCGGCACGUUGCUCACUUUCUACGGUGUGGCAGGAUACACCUUUUACUUCCUCACGGUUCUCGGGUUGAUUGUGUUGAGGAUACGAGAACCGCAUCUCGAGCGCCCUUAUAAGACAUGGAUCACGACACCUAUAAUUUUCUGCUGCGUUAGUCUUUUCCUUCUUAGUCGAGCGGUCAUUGCCGAACCUUUACAAACCCUUAUUGUCGUUGCUUUUGUUGCAGCUGGUGUUCCUGCUUAUUUCUGGAUGAUGUAUCGACGGGAUGGAACUAUCAAGUGGCCAGAUUGGAAAUUCUGGAAAAGCAGGUGAAGACAUCUGCUUUUUGACAGUUUCACCGCCCCUGGGAGACUAGGUUACUAUAUCUUUUAAUCAUGUAUAAUACCCACCUUCAUGUAUACUGUUUUUGGUUUUGCGAUGCAUCCCACAGUGGGUGGGUCAACGGUGUUGGUAUGGUGAUUUGGCGA